CCGGGCGGCGAGCCGCGCUGUAGCCAAUGGGAGAGCGCGGAGCGGAGAGCGCCAGAAGUUGGAUGGAAGGCUUAGUUGUAUCACACUCAGCUUGACCCUUGGAUCUUGGACGAAAUCGACCUGCUGGUUACGGAGUCUGCAGGGAUACGCAUGGGCUGCUGCUCCACACCUGGCGCCCAAAGCAUCAGCAGCUGGAAUUGAGGGCAGUUGGCACCAUCACCAUCAUGACUUGUUCCCACAACGUGGUGUUCUUGUUGGACACUGCUGGCUCUGUGGAGAAGAGCCGUCUUCAUUUGUGCACCUUGAAAAUCUUGAACUAUUUGGGUUGCAGGUUCGGCCUGGCUAAGGUCCGGUGGGACUUUAAAUUCUUCGACUCUUUAGGUGCCCAGGGCAGAACUUCGCAGGUGAGAAGUUUCCGUGAGCUUGGCUCCCGCACUUGGGAGGACUUUGAGGAAGAACUGGAGAACAGGCUCGGAAACCGAGGCGGCGUUGCACACUUACCUGGCCCGGCACCUCGAGCCACCCUCACUCAGAAUAUACUGAAAGAAACCUUGCUCGAUUACCAGUGGGACCGGCCUGAAAUAGCCUCUCCCACCAAACCGGUCUUGAGGAGCCAGAAAAACAAGGUCACUCUGACUGCGGAGAAACCACGAGAAAAUUCCCUUUCUGGGGACUUUGUCAACACCGUUUUCCUUUUCUCUCCUUGCCCUCAUUCCCAGAGGGAGCUGCUACAGUUUAUCUCUGGAAGCCAGGCUCAUAGAUCUGAUGCACUGCCUCCGUUGCAUGGUAUGGCAGAAAAAUUCAUUCCUAAGGGAAUCCAGGACAUGAUGGCUAGACAGAAAAUCACCCUGUAUUGGCUGGACACCUCAGAAUGGUUCAAGCUCCUGGAAUCCCCAGAUCACAUUGGCUACUGGAUGUUGGUUGAACUGGUGCGUCUCUUAGGGGGCUCCAUUCUGCCCUUGGCCGCUUUAACUCAGAGUUUAAAUCACCAAAGAGUAGACCCCGAUCCUGCUUCUCCAGUGGAGUCCGGGUCUUCCCAGCCACCAUUCAGACCUUGGAGUAUUAUGAAUUUACCUUUUGAGUCCACUUUGGGCUGCCUAUUCUCCUCGCCUUCUGGUCUACAGGCUUCCUUUCCUUCCCAAGAAGGCUCGCUGUUCCUCAAGACAGACGGAGGAGAAGAGUCACGGAGCUGGGUGGUGACCUUAGAGCCUCUCACCUUGGGCCAACGGUGCUUCAAAAGUCCAGUGAACAUUUUUCUUAAAUGCACGGUGACAGGCUGGGAUGCGCCACACGCUGGCUACUUUCGUACGGAGAACUGGGUUGUGCGGAGCAGACAAACAGGAGCGUCGGGGCAAGAGGCAUCGUUGUUCCAGCAGUUUGUAAAAUGCAUCCUGGCCCAAGGAUUACAUAUGGUUGCUGAAGUGUCUGCGUCUGGCAUUUUUUCUCCCUGUACUGGGAUCUUCUCCCCCAUCUCGGACGCGACAGCCGUCCUUUCUCUUCUGCGUAUUGAGCCAGAUGCUGAAGCUGAGAGGUCCCUCCUUCAGGCAGCAGCAGGAGGGAGCAUUUCCAAAGACUGUGACUCCAGCCUCCCAGAAAUGGUGAACCGUGUGCUAAGUCACAGUUCCGAUUGUUCAGAAGGAGGUUCUCCGGCCAGUCCAAAGGUUUUAUUUCCUGAAUGGGCCCAUCAGGAGCUGUCCCGUACACCCCACUGGAGCCCGGCAGUCCUGGAAAGCUGGUACUCGUUCUCCAACCUCUGUGGAGCCAGUUCCCACUUGAUGGAAUCGUUUGGGUUGCUUCGGGCAGGUUCUGCUAAAAAAGAAGAGGAAGACCCAAAAUGCAAGAUGGAUCUGACACACGCUCUAUCGGAAUUCUAUCAGAGGAAAUCUUCUGAUCUCUCCGCUCGGUCCCAUCAGAGAGAGCACAGAAAGAGACAAGGAGUUCCCCGGACCCCCGUUAGGCAGAAAAUGAAAACAAUGCCACGUUCUCUACAGAUGCUGAAUGCAGCAAGACUGAAUGUAAAGGCUCAAAAGUCCCAGCCAGAGGGAGAGCAGCCAGCCGGUGGAAAGGUUCUCCAAAGGCUGUUUCCAAGAAGACCCAAUGAUAGCGUGGAAGAAAGAGGGAAAAUGGCAAAAAGCAAGCUAUGCUUCAGAACUGAGGAAGAGAUGCUUUCGUAUGUAAUUGCCCACUACCAGAGUGCUGUGACUGGUGGAGAAAAUAUGUUUGCGUUCGCCCAGGAGAUGGUGACAGCAGUUAACACAUUUCAGAAAUCAAAUCAGGAAGCCGCUGUGAAUGCAAUCCGAAACAGCCUCUUGAAGACCAGCCAAGCCUUUCGUCAACAACUCAGCGGUCACACUGACAAAGAAAUCAAAAUAAAAGAGUGUCAGCUCCAGGUAUAUUUACGCUUGGAGAUGUGCCUCCAGUGUCCAUCUUUGCAGACUGACCCAGAUGGGACAGAAGAACUUGUGGAAGAGGUGACAGAGAUGUUACGGAUACUGUGUUUGACUGAAGACCCUGGGUACCUCGCUAGGUUUUUGGAAGAGGUGGUAGACACGUAUGUGGAAUCCAUGCCCAAGCUGCUCGGAGACUUGUACUACAGCUUGGGGACACAGAUUCCCCCAAAGUUGGCCUCGGUCCUUCCGGCAGACCUCUUCAGUGACGAUUCCAUAAGCCAAGAAGGCCAAACCCCAAGGCUUCCGGCUUCCGCUGCCUCCGUUCCCAUUUCUAAACCGGCUUCCUUAACCGACGAUGCUCAUCAGCUGGAGGAGCUGCGCUCCAGAUCGGCCAAGAAACGAAGGAGUACCCUAGCCAGGCACCGGAGUGUGACAGAGGCACCCCAGAACUUACGCCAGAUAGAAGUUCCUCAGGGACCCAAGAAUCGUAGUAGAAAGGACCACUCUCGCUCGUGUGUUAUUGCAAAGACAGAACCAGCUCCACAGAAGGUAGCAGUCCAAGAAGUAACAAAGGUGCGAAGGAAUCUCUUCAAUGAAAAACUGCUUUCCCCAGGCAAAAGAUCCCUGGCAAAAAUUCCUCGAAGCCAAUCGGUGUCUGCUUUGGAAGGUCUAAAACGUAAACGUAGCCAGUCUAGUGGGGGCGCAAGAGGCAGUCACAGAUUACUGACCAAGAGUGUGGCGGAGACACCACUCCACAAGCAGAUCUCAAGGAGGUUGCUAUACAAGCAGAUCAAAGGCCGGUGUUCGGAUCCUGGGCCCGAAGUUGGUAUUGUAGAAGAAUCUCCCGAAAAAGACAUUGCCUGUGGCUUAAGAAGAAGUCCACGGAUCAAGCAGCUGCUGCGAGACAGAACGCGCUCUGGUUCCUUCUACAAUGCAGAAUCAAGUCAGAGGAGUAUACUGCAAAGAUAUUCUGUGCACCGAGAAGCAGCAGGUGAUCAGGAGAAUGUACUAGGCUUGGUGUCGCCUCCUGUAAAAAAAGCCAUCCGGUCCCCGAAGAGUCUCCUCUUUGGAGCCGUUCUAGAUGACUUUAGUCCUGGGGGGAAGGACUCUUCCCGGACAAGCAGAACACUCUCCUCUGAUCAGCCUACUCUUUAUGCGACACCCAGGAAAAGUCCUUUUCGGUCUUCCCGGAGGCUCACGAGUCCCCCCAACGUUACGCUGAGAAGGUCUCCCCGAAUUCAACAGAAGGCCGAGCCUGUGCUUUGGAAAACCCCUGCCCGAAAGUCUGGGGCAGCGAAAAGUCUGGGAGACCUCUUUUCUCCUUGUAGGCAGAAGAGCAAGUCUUUGCCUGAAUUUGUAGGAAGUAAAGAAGGCGAUCUGGCAAGAGAAGGGGUUUCCUCCCCCUCCAGCAUGUCAGCACACCAGCAAGCCUUAGGAAAACCGGAGAGGCGGGAGGCCCUGGACGACGUCUUUGCUUCCCCUGCAGGUGGUUCUGAUUCUGCAGCCGCCCCGUCGGCGUCCCCGCCUCCAUGCCUCCUCAACGCAGAGGGGAAGUUCCUCUCGGGACUUCAGUCUCCAAGGCGCUCCCUGAGGGUGGCCCAGAAAUCAGCCUCCCCGACCUCUGCUCGGAAACAGAUCCUCGCGUCGGAAAGAGUGAUGCCUCCAGAGCGGCGUUUCCUGGCAGGGUUGGACUCUGGGCCCUCGGAGGUCACACCCACCGUAUUCAGAGGUGCCCCAUCAGAUCUGUCUUCCCGACCAAAGAGCAUCAGCCCUGCUGGAGCCUUUUCUCGGGCAGGUGAUGCUCUUCUGCUACCCGAGUCUUCACUUUGGGACCAGCCCGUAAAGACUGCGGCCGCCUGUGCCCUCUCCCCCACUGGGGCCCCAAGAGCCCCAGCUUCUGUAUCCAGAGAGCCCCCUUUGAGACCCGAAAAGGGCAACAGCCCCUUGCCCGCAAAAGCCCCCCAGUCCCCAGCCUGCAUAGCUGAAGGUGACCUAGACCUUUCCAAGCGUCAUGAAGAAUGUUCAGGUAGGGACAGCCCCAGUUUUUCAGCUAAAAACAACCCCUUUGGCAAACCUGAUGAUACGGAAAGCCUGCCGUUGGUGGAGAAACCUGGACAGACAAUGGAGGCACUGACUUCAAGUAUGAGGAGGGAUUCAGGAGGAGGCACGUCUCCUGAUUCUUCCUGGAAAAAAUAUGAGCUUCUCCGGGAUACCGUAGUGGUGUGUGAGCGACUUGAUGCUUCCUCUCUGUUCAGGAACGGCCUCGCCGUGAGCCCUCGGGCAAGCCAAGGCAGAGAGGCUUCACCGGGGGCUUUGCCAGCAGAAAAGGUGGAGGAUGGAGAGCCUCUAGUGUUCCGGAGCCCACCCGGCUGCAGCCGGACUUCUGUGCUUCACACCCCGAAGUCUAACUGCCGGACCUACACGCUGCGCUGCACGGCAGACCGAAGGCAGCGGGAGGCCGCCGCGAGGCUGGGAAACUCCGAAAUGACAACGACGGCAGCGUCCGGCACGCCCCUGGCUGCUCGAGCAUCGCGUUCAUUGGCCGGCUCUCCGACCUACGAGGUUGAGCUCAUGAUGCAGGCCUCUGGGCUGCCCAGGCUCCGAAUUAAACGAAUCCCCUCGGGGUCGGCGCCGGAACCUGAGAAAACGAAAGGAGAGGAGACUAGUCUGACUCAGGGGGAGCUUUCCCUGAGCUGCUGCGGCCGGCAUGCAGGAAGACAAGCGGACCCUCCUUCUGUCUCACCCUCCUGUGUCCACUCUGCCCACAGCACCCCUGGGAAAUUGGGAGCCGCCGGGCAGACCUACAUAUGCCAGUCGUACACACCGACACGCUGCUCUCCGUGUGCCGCCUCUCCGUCGCAAGGCAACGCUGGCAUUCCCUGGACCCCUUCCCUGAGGCAGAAAGGAAAAGUGACUCCGGAAGCCAUCAAAGACUGGCCUCGGCGGAAAAGGGCCGGAGGGGGCUGUGGCAGAAGUGAGAGGCAGGCAGGGGCCACGGGAGAGACCGCCGCCUGGGAGGCGGCCGGAGCGAGGACUGCCGAGCCCUUCGGCGGUGGCAGUAAAGCGCUGCUCCUGGGGGAAUUCGAACUCGAAGGCGUUUAUCGGCUGCCGGACCAGUCACCUUGCAGCGACACGGAGCCCAGCGGCGACGAGGGCGGCCGCGGAGAGACCUCUCACCUCCGCUCUCGGAAAAGGGCCUUGGUGGAGAGCCCGUCUCCCCCGGAAGGGGCCGCGCAGGAGGUGAAGCGGUCCUGCCUAAAGGCAGCGAGCCCCGGAGUGGCUGCCCAUCCCAGUGAACAGCUCAGCCUCGGGAAAGGGCCGGUGUCUUCCGACGGGACUGUCCGGGAAGCCGAGGAGGUCUUCAGCUUCUCCGGUUUGACUUCUCCCAGCUCUUCAGGGAAGAGCAGCAUCUCUGCUAGUGGCCUUCGGGCGCUGACCGAGUCUCCCCUCCUCUAUCAAGGCCACCCUGCCUCCUUGAAAAAGCAUCCUGCAGGAGAGGACUCCGAUGUGUUUGGCGCGGCCGGCGAAGAUUGGUCUCCGUUUCGUGGGGCCGUCACCCGAAGGCGUUCCGUCAUCCGGACGUAUUCGCGGAAAAGGCUGCUCACUUGAAUGGCGAGGCUAGAUGGGCUUGUGACUCAGGAACACGAAAAAGGAGAAGGCAGAGCAGUUUGGCGAGCCUUUGGACCCCAAAACCCAGCUGUCCCUGCCAGCUGCCAGAGAGAGAGAGAGAGAGAGAGAGAGAGAGAGAGAGAGAUCCGCUCAGGAACUGAACGGUGGCUUCAGCGCUGGAAACACCUGCCUUUUAUUCUGCUCUUAGAACCAGGGGAAGAAAGAGGCCGCUGGGUGCCACCAACCAAAGUGACUUCAGCAGCAUAAAAAUUGGGAACUGGGCCACUGUGUGGCCUUUGCAGGACUCCAGUAAGCCAAUCUUGUAGAUAUUGGGGAGCAGAUGGGACAGGGGGGAAAUCGACUUUUAAAUGGCUCUUUUGUAAAAUAAAAUAAUUUGCUUUGGUCAGGUACUUAUUCUUAAUGGCAUUUUGAGAAGAUCUUGUUCCGGGCUCUUCAGAUACUAGUCAGAAAGCCAAUUCAUAUCCUCGUUUUGUGGGUUUUGCCGCAACUGGGUUUCCCCUGCGAGGGAUUCUUAAGC